UUUUUUUUUCUCUUUCUUCUAUUACCCCAUUGUUACUCUCAUUCAUUCAUUCGUUCAUCCGUUCAUUCUUUCCACUCAUUCUUUCUACUCCACUCUUUUAUUCAUACUCCUCAAACAUAUACUCCAUUCAUAAUGUCCCUUCGCGUUCUCACAAAGGCCAUCAAGCCCACCAUGGUUGCCAACGUGCGCACCAUGGCCUCAAAAUCAAAAGCAUUCGUCAAGUAUGACUGGACCGAUCCUCUCAACUUGAACUCACUCCUCACUGAGGAGGAGAUUGCUGUCAGAGACGUUGCUCGUGAGUAUUGUCAGGAGAAGUUGAUGCCUCGCGUUACUAAAGCCAACCGCAUUGAACAGUUUGAUCGCGAGAUCUUGUCCGAGAUGGGUGAACUUGGUCUCUUGGGAUCUACUAUUCAGGGCUAUGGUUGUGCUGGUGUCUCAUCUGUCGCAUACGGUCUCACUGCCCGUGAGGUUGAGAGAGUUGACAGUGGCUAUCGUUCAGCCAUGAGUGUCCAGUCUUCGCUAGUCAUGCAUCCCAUUUAUGCCUAUGGUACUGAGGCUCAGAAGGAGAAGUGGUUACCUCGAUUGGCUAAGGGAGAAAUAGUUGGAUGCUUCGGACUAACUGAGCCCAACCACGGUUCAGACCCUGGUUCUAUGGAGACUGUUGCCAAGAAGGUCAAUGGCCACUAUGUUCUCAGCGGCUCCAAGACCUGGAUUACCAACUCACCUAUUGCUGAUGUGUUUGUUAUCUGGGCCAAGGAUCAGUCCGAUGGCAAUAAGAUCAAGGGUUUUGUCCUCGAGAAAGGCAUGAAAGGUCUCUCUGCUCCCAAAAUCGAGGGCAAGUUCUCACUCCGUGCUUCAAUCACAGGAAUGAUCAUGAUGGAUGAUGUCGAAGUCCCGGCAGAGAAUUUGUUGCCCAAUGUUCACGGUCUCAAGGGACCUUUUGGAUGUCUCAACAAUGCUCGCUUCGGGAUUGCGUGGGGCGCACUCGGCGCUGCUGAGUUCUGCUUGGCUCAAGCAAGGGAAUACACUCUGAACCGUAAGCAGUUUGGUGUUCCAUUGGCUCGCUUCCAAUUGAUCCAGAAGAAGAUGGCCGAUGCCAAUACAGAGAUUGCGAUUGGUCUCCAAGCAUGUUUGCAGGUUGGACGUCUCAAGGAUGAGGGCAAGAUUGCGCCAGAAAUGAUCUCAAUGAUUAAGCGCAAUUCGUGUGGAAAGGCAUUGGAAAUUGCUAGAAACUCAAGAGAUAUGUUGGGAGGCAAUGGUAUCAGCGAUGAAUACCAUAUUAUUCGCCAUGUCAUGAACUUGGAGGCCGUUAAUACAUACGAGGGUACCCAUGAUGUCCAUGCAUUGAUCUUGGGUCGUGCCAUCACCGGUUUAGCCUCCUUCAGUGCCACUGAUUAAAAACAACAGAGAGAAAUAGAAACAAUACGUUCCUUAUCAUCAUAGCUUAGCUUAUUUCAUUUGCCACCAUGAAAUUUGUUUUUUUUUUAAGCCAGUCGCUCCAUAUUGUGUUUAUUGAUAAAAAAAAAAAUAGUAAUAAAGAGCUCAUAGACCUGCUCAUUCCUUC